AUGGUCAAAAAGAGCAAAUUGCUUCUGGCGCUUGAUGCCCACAAGGGCCGAGACUACGAUGCAGAAAAGCAAAAGAAAAUGAUGAAGUUGGCGGAGAAGAAAAAGAAGGCGAAGAAGGCGAAGCUUAAUGGUGAUGCGGAUGGGGAGGAUGAUGAUGUAGAGAUACAUGAUAAGGAUGACAAGCACUUCGAAGAGGAGAAGGAAGAAACCACUAGUGGUAACGAAAAGCAAGAGGAUAGGACAGUAGCAGAAGAAAAUGGAGCAGACAAUGCCGAAGAAGAUGGUGAAGAAGAGGAGGAGGAAGAAGAAGAAGAGGAGGACAUCCCUGUCUCCGACCUUUCUGAAGACGAACGAGAGGACAUAAUUCCCCAUCAACGUCUCACAAUCAACAACUCCGCAGCCAUUAACACCUCGAUCAAGCGCAUUUCCUUCAUCACUUCGCAGACGCUAUUUUCAGAGCAUAACUCUCUAGUCUCAAAAGAGCCUAUCGAUGUCCCCGAUCCCAAUGAUGACCUGAACCGCGAACUAGCCUUCUACAAAGUCUGCCAGGCAGCGGCUGUUACUGCGCGGGACUUGCUGAAGAAAGAAGGCGUCCCAUUCACGCGACCCGGCGACUAUUUUGCGGAGAUGGUCAAGACGGACGAGCACAUGGAGAAGAUCAAGAAAAAAUUAUACGAUGAAGCAACGGCCAAGAAGGCUGCCGCAGAGGCACGCCGACAACGUGAUCUCAAGAAGUUCGGAAAGCAGGUUCAGGUGGCGAAGUUACAACAGAGGCAAAAGGAAAAGCGCGAGACGCUUGAGAAGAUCAACGCUUUGAAGAAGAAGCGAAAGGCCGAUACCUCCGCCGCCACAGAAGACGAGGACCUUUUCGACAUUGCCAUUGAUGACUUCAAAUCAGACAGCAGAAAACGCAGUCGCACAAGCGGCGAGACAGGUGGACGUUCAACAAAGCGACAGAAGAAGGACCAGAAAUUUGGAUUCGGUGGAAAGAAACGACACGCGAAAAGCGGCGACGCCAUCUCUAGUGGAGAUUUGAGGAAUUUCUCGGCGAAGAAGAUGAAAGCCGGUGCAAAGCCAAAGAGACCUGGGAAGAGUAAGAGGGCCAAGGGACGGGCGUAG